AUGAACAAUGCUUCCAUCCCGACCACGCCGGCGGACCCUCAUCGUACGUCCUACCAUCAUCAAGGGGACAACGCCGACGACUUACCACAGUCCGCAGCCUCCGAGCAGAGUCGCGAUGGCGGCACCACUACGCAGAACCCGUCGCUUUCCCAAGCCGCAAAGGAUGGCCUUACAAAGAAGCUGCAAUUCAUGAUGCAUUUAAGUAUCAGUUUAGAUACUGUUGUCUAUGCCGAAUUGUGUGCGCUAUACUAUAUGGAUUGUUCGUUCUUCCGACUGAUGAUACGAUGGGUUUCUCAAGCUCUAUUCAUAAGCCCCAAGGCUGAAGAUUCCAUUCUAAUUAUACCCAACUACCACGUCUCUGCUAUUAUCGGUCCAAACUUUCUAUGUAUAUUAUUACAUCUACUCACGUCAUUGCCCCAAGCCGGCGAAGCGUCCCGAGGCUACCUCCACGGUGGCAUACUCUUCGAUUUUGUCGGACAAAAGGCGCCCUCGUCCAAAUUCUCUCUCCUCUUGCUGGACCUCCUUAUUUUGGGGCUACAAUGCUUUAUGCUAACCGUGAACAUCGAGAAAGAAAGAGUGCGCAAAGUAGUGAGGCCAAGGAGGCAAAUAGACAGUCCCGGAACCACCACAGAGGAGACUACCACUGGGCAAGAUCACGACGCGGAGGAACGGGGAGUUUUACGAGAUGCGCCUGUGGUAGAUGAAGCAAACGAUGUUGAAAUGCAAUCUCUAGGAGGCAGGAAUGGUAAUGACAAUUAUCGCAAUGCGGAUGAGAGGGUUGGCCUAUUGAGACAAGCCACCACUCCUGUAAGUGGUGACCUUGAAGGUUUAGCUGACACAUUGCGAUCUGGCAACGCCGUUCUGGCCAACUUCAAUAUUCGACAGUCACUUCGGACGGCCUGGCAUACACGGGCAAACUCUCCUGAAAGCGCAGCUGCCUACGCUAUACAAAAUGUUGGAUAUAAUGCGACGCUCGCGGCCUUGGCAGCACAGAGAAGAGCGAGGCAGGCCGCGGCUCAGCCAAGGCAGCCAUAA